AUCGCAGCCAUCAAUAUUUUUCUCUCGAUAAGUGCGUCUCUAAGCAACGUCCUUAUCCUAAUUUCUCUUCAGAAAGUUUCAACGCUUCAUAAGCCGACAAAACUUUUAUUCCAAUCACUGGCAGUCACAGAUCUUUUCGUGGGCCUAAUUUUACAGCCAUUUCAUGCGACCUUUCUGCUGUCUCUUUUAACAAAGAUGGACACAAGAGCAACUUUUUACAUUGAGGAAAUAAAUCCUUAUGUAAGUAUCACGCUUUGUGGGGUAUCAGUGCUUACCUCGACAGCGAUCAGUGUUGAUCGACUCUUAGCCUUGUAUCUAGGGCUGCGAUACAGACAGGUUGUAACAAUGAGUCGCGUUCGAGUGUUCGUAGCGUCUUCUUGGCUGAUCGGUGUUUCGUGUGGCUCGUUACAGAUCUGGAGUUCCCGCAUCGCUUGGAUAAGUGCCUCCAUCUGUGCUGCGCUUUGUAUGCUGACCUCGAUAUCUUCUUACACUAAGAUUCAGAUUUUGUUACGCCAUCGUCAGAUUCAAAUACAAGUCCGUCAGGGACAACCAAGUGCGGGGAAAAUUGGUCUGAACAUAGAACGCUAUAAAGCAACAGUGUCCGCCAUUUUUUGGAUUCAGGUGACUUUGCUGGGCUGUUACGUUCCGUUUUGCAUCGUAACCGUGCUGAGGAUUUUUAAUGAAAAGCAACUUUACAUUACCUGGUUAGGGACUGCCACUUUAGUCUACCUAAAUUCGUCUCUAAAUCCCUCCCUCUAUUGCUGGAAGAUCAGAGAAGUGAGACAAAGUUUGAAGGAAACUGUCGCGCAGUUUUGUAACUGUGCACUAAGUUAG